AUGGAAUCAGCUUCUCUUUCUUCCUCUUCUUUCCUUCCAUCUCUACAUUCCCGGAAAAUGUUUACCCCACGGUGGCACGAUAAAAGGUCUCGCUGCGGUCUGGUUUUCGCGGCCGGAAGAGAGUCUCAGCAAUGGAAUCACAGUGGACAACUAGUGAAUGAAAACUUGAUCGUGUUAAGGAAACGGAUUCAUGAUUUGAAGAUUAUUGAGAGAAAUUAUGAGCCACCGGCGGAUUGGAUGGAGUGGGAGAAGCAGUAUUAUACAUCGUACAACGAGUUCAUUUGCCAAAUUUUGGGGUUAUUGCAAUCGUAUUUGAUGAAUACCAAACCUAGCUUGGCUCUUGGGAUUUUAGCGUUGGUUACAAUCUACUUGCAAGCAUCCAUAAUCAUGGAUUUAAUGCACUUGGUUCAGGCUGCCAAUGGAGUCUUGUCUACUAUCGGUUUCCAUUGA